AUGUGGAAUCUUCAACCAGGCCCUGCUUUUCGGGUAUUUACGGCACACGGCCGCCCCAGCUCUGGCUCAAGUCUGCGCUUCCAGGUUCAGUUUCAGGGUCUCGCCGGCUGCCCCGGCCGGCGGGCGCCAAGCGGGCAGCGGGGCUUGGACGGCAGGGUUCUCCGGGGGCCCCAGAGUUGGGAGGCGGAGUCCGGGAGCCCCCGGAGGAGGAUGGGCUGCGGACACAGCAGACUGAGCUGCUGCAAACCCCCCAAAAAGAGGCGCCAAAGACCAGAUCAGCCUCCCAAACCAGAGCCUCAGGAACUGGGUCCCCUCAAUGGUGACACAGCCACAACCGACCAUGUAUGUGCAUCUGAGGAGGCUGAGCAGCACCAGAAGACUAUCACCAGAAUCCUCCAGCAACAUGAAGAGGACAAGAAGAAAUGGGCUCAGCAAGUGGAGAAGGAAAGGGAGCUAGAACUUGGAGAGAAACUGAAUGAACAGCGAAAAGUCCUAGAGGGAGAGCAUGCGGAGGCCCUGCGAGUCCUCCAGGCCUCCUAUGAGCAGGACAAGGAAGCCCUUACCCACUCCUUCCAGGAGGCCAGGGUGGCCCUGCAGGAGACCAUUGACAGACUGACUGCACAGCUAGAGGCCUUCCAGGCCAAGAUGAAGAGGGCAGAGGAGUCCAUCCUGAGCCGAGACUACAAGAAGCACAUCCAGGAGCACGGGAGCCUCAGCCAGUUCUGGGAGCAGGAGCUGGAGAGCUUACACUUUGUCAUCGAGAUGAAGAAUGAGCGAAUCCAUGAGCUGGACAAGCGGCUGAUCCUCAUGGAGACAGUGAAAGAAAAAAAUCUGCUGUUGGAGGAGAAGAUCACCACCCUACAGCAGGAGAACGAGGACCUCCACGCCAGAGGCCGCAACCAGAUGGUUGUGUCAAGGCAGCUCUCGGAGGACCUGCUUCUUGCCCGUGAGGCCCUGGAGAAGGAGUCGCAAUCACGGCGGCAGCUCCAGCAGGAGAAGGAGGAGCUGCUGUACCGGGUCCUCGGGGCUGACGCUGCCCCUGCCUUCCCUCUGGCCUCUGUCACCCCCACUGAGGUCUCCUUCCUGGCCACAUAGGGCCUGGGCCUCUAGGAUGCCUGCGGUCACAGCUUCCUCUCCAGGACCUAGUAGAGAAGGCAGCAGGGGCCUCUUGUCCUUUUCCCAGGAGGGGAUCAGGGCGGGAGUGACACGGGGAGCCAGGGUGUGUGCCCAGCGGGCCCUGGGGGCUUGGGCCACACAGAAUCACCUGGGGGCUGCCUAGGCCCCGAGCAGUGCCCUCCCUCGAGCCGGUGCAGGGGACAAGCGAGAGGAACCCUUUUGUUCCCCGCCCCCCAACCCUUCUCUCUGUUCAGGUCAGGGAGCACUGAGGCUUUCCCCAGGGGCAACCGUGCCACAAUGGGCAUCCGACCAAGAGGGAACACGCCCCUGGUCCUAACUUGUCAGCUUUGCUGCCAGCUCCUCAGUGACCUAACUUGCCCCAGCCACCUCACCCUGCCUGGCCUUUCCUCAGCCUGUAAACCAGUUAGGGCAACUGAACAGACCGCCCUUGAGUCACUCACUGUUCCAUUCUAGACUUGUCUGAAGGUCAGACUAGGGGCUGGGGGGUCAGCAGGGAAGGGUGGGGACCGCACGCUGUGAAUCAAAGUGGGGAGGCACUGGAGUCCCUUGCCCACUGGGCAGAGCAUCAGGCACGCCACCGGCCCCAGGCCCAGAGUCUGGUCCAUCCAAGGGCUAAGGCCAGAGCUCCUCCUCCUGGACCAGGCAGGGUUCACUUGGCACCUUCCUGCUCCCGCGGCCUCAGCACCAUCAGGACUCGGGUGCCCCCUAGUGGAUCUAAGUACCCUCAACAGCCAGAGCUGGAACCUCUUCCCCGUGCAGAUGAGGAAACCGAGGCGGGGAGAGGGACCCAGAGCCAGGACUGGGGCUCAUCUGUCAUCUGAGCGUACUUUGUCUUCCUCCCUGAAGUCUAGGAGGUCGUGUAUGAGACGUGGUCUUUCUCCUUGCUCUGUUUGCCCCACCCUUUCCAGUCUCUCAGUCCUGCUCUCCACUCAGUCCCUUCUAGCACCCCGACCCCAGGCCUGUAGAUCCUGGCCCUCAGCCUCCCCAUCAGUGCAGAGGGGUGGCUGGAGGAACUAACCUCGGCAGGCCUGUCCAGGCCUGACCAUCGGUGGAUUCAAGAUUCUUCUCAGGAAGCACUGGGUCAUCUGGAGACAGUAACAAUCCCGUCUCUGUAUCAGCAUUUUGAUUAAAUGCCUUCACAUACACCUCGCUCCCCUUCUGUGAAAGAUCCUCAAAGCAGCUUCUUUCCAAGCUUUAGCAGAGGGCACACUGAGAUCACAAGAUCCAGUGGGCCUUGCCUGAGGUUCCCCAGCCCCCGGGGGCCAGCGUGUAGGAAAGGUCGACUCAUGGGAACAGAGGUUUCCUGCAUCAACCCAGACCGCUUUCUUCAUUCCCCUCGAUCUGGGCUUCAUCCAUUUCUCCUUCUAGGUAUUCAGAUGUGACUCUGCUUCUCCAAACCUGUGCAAACACAUUAUCCAGGAGCCUUGGGGACAGCUCUGGAUGUGAAUGGUCACAACCAAGAAAAGAAGGGGCGGCCAAGUAAUUUGGGAAACUCUAAGUUCACUCAAGUUACACAGCUCUGCUGUUGGCUCAGACAGCUAAGAAUCCACCCACAAUGCAGGAGACCUGGGUUCAAUCCUUGGGCUGGGAAGAUCCCCUGGAGGAGGGCAUGGCAACCCACUCCAGUAUUCUUGGCUGGAGAAUCCCAUAGAGAGGAGCCUGCCAGGCUAGAGUCCAUGGGGUCGCAAAUAGUCAGACAUGACUGAGCAACUCACCACGCAGGUUCACUCAAGUUACACAGCUCUGCAAACUGCAGGACUUUUCAGAUCCUUUAAUAUGCUAAUGUGCAUUGCAAAUUCACAAACAAGGAGCCAAGAGUCCAGCGUCUCUUAAACAUCUUUAACCAAGUUUCUCCCCCAACCUGAGCACUUCAGGCUGCAGAAUGCAAAUUAGAAAACAUUGUUCUAAUUGAGAAGGGCCAGGCCAGGCUGGAGAAGGGGCAGGUUGAGGGAGGUGGGGUUUCCCUCGUGUAGCCUGUGGAGGCUGUGAAGAGGUGAGCUGUGAUCAUACCUUCACCCUGGGGCAGGCAAGCUAUGGAAAAUAAAAAGAACACAUGAUACUGCA